CUGUUGCUAACAUGAGCUAGAAAAGUGCUUCGUUCACGUUAACUUUAUAUGUAAUGAUCGAUCACGACAUCGCCAACGGAAGCUAAGCUAAUUUUUAUUUAAUCUGAAGCAAGAGUGUGUGCAAUUUGUCACACACGGUUACUUUAACCGUGUCCUCUUUUAUUUACGCUGCGUUAUUGCAGUUGGCUUCUCGCUAACAUACUUAGCUUGCUGCCAAAUAACGACUGACACCAGACCAUCCAUUGCCAUUUCAACAAACUGCACUGUUAAGAGAAGGCUGCCCGAUGUAUCACAAAGAAAAAAGCAUCCAGAUCAAAAACAGCGCGUCGGCGCUGUACAACAACCUCAGCGUGCUGCGCAUCGCCCCGCGGCGCCUCACCUACUUCACGGUGGUCCAUGCUAAUGUUGUCAACAUGGUCAGCGCCUCCUGGGACGGCCUCAACUAUUCCCACCGUCAGCUGCAGUCCAAGGAGCCCAAUGUCGCCACAAGCACAUCGCUCAUCAUGCAGGCUGCGUUUUGUGUUCUGCCCUCUCGUGAUCUGCUGGUGGUGACCUCUCAGAAAGGCAUCCAGAUGUAUGAAUCUGAUGGCUCCAUCAUGGUGUACUGGCAUGCACUGGAUACUCCGGAAACACCUACAGCUCAGGCCGUGUUUGCUCGAGGGAUAUCAGCAGUGUGUGAGAAUUAUAUAUGUGUGGGUGUUUCAUCUGGUUCAAUUCUAGUAUUUGAUGUUCCCAGUAAAGGCAGUAAUAUAACCCUGUCUGAGGUGCUGGAGGAGCAUAAGGAGUCCAUCACUGACAUGGCCUCGGAGUGCUCUGGCAGCCAGGAGUGCAUAGCUGAUCUGGUCACUGCAGAUGAUGGGGGAAACCUGUGUGUGUGGAAGUCUGGGGAGGAAUUUCAGCUGCUCCACAAGAUCCCUGGCUUUGAUAUGAGCUGCUCAUCUGUCAAGCUGUGGAAAGGUACAGUGGUGGCAGGUUAUGGCACAGGCCAGAUCCGUAUCUAUGAGGCAGUGACGGGAAUUCUGCAUGCUGAGGUAAACGCCCACGCUCGCUGGAUAUACUCACUGGACAUUGCUCCUUUUUCUGGACUGCUUCUGUCUGCUGCUGAGGACUCUCUAGUCAGGGUUUGGCACCUGACACUGACCCCAGAGACCAACAGUGUGGAGAUUGUCCAUUUGCACAAUGAGUGUGUGACGGACACACAAAUCUGUGGCGCCAAGUUCUGUGACGGUGAUGGUUAUGCCUUUGCAGUGACAGGCCAUGACCUGAGUGAGAUUAUUCGCUACACACAGUCGUAGGACUUUGCUUUCAGUGAGGCUAAGUGUAUGAAUGUGAAUUUGGUAUAUUGGAGUGUUUCUGGAAAGAUAUGAUGACCCAGAGUGAACAGAUUCAAAAGUGCCCAGGUAAGGGUCAGGUUGAGAUUCUGCAAGGACGGGGGUAUUUAACAUGAUCUUUUAUAGGAGAAGCAUUGUUUCAUGGCAUUUCUGCCUCUAUAUCUACAGAAGUUAGAAGGAGAUUAGCAUAUAGCAAAAUAAUGCAAAAGUAAUGUGUUAAAGUUUCUAUAAAUAUUCUAAAUGUAUGUGAAUGUAGCCUUAAAAGGGGAUAAAAUAUUCUAUUAUUCUUUCUGACAUAAUCGAAACAUAAUUAUUGUUUCAAACAACUGUACCAGUAAAAACAUUUUUAUAAAGAAA